AUGAAAAAUAUAUUCCAAUUGGCUACAGCCUCUUUAUUGUCUGCUUCUGCUGUGUUAGCGGAUUGUACUCUAUCCAACGGUAAUUACUAUUGUGACGAAACCGAUGCGGUUGUUUAUUCGAAUGUCGGUUACUCUGGUUCAUACCAAGACGUUACCAACAUGGAUGAAUCUUCUUGUCAAUGUUCUCAACAGCAAACUUCAUUUUCUGGCUCUUUGGCUCCAUUGGAUGAAGAAUUGUCUGUUCAUUUUAGAGGUCCUAUCAAUUUGGUCCAAUUUGGUGUUUAUUAUCCAGAUGGAUCUGCUGUUGUCAAUUUACAAAAGAGAGAAGCCAAGAAGGGUAAGAAAGGUGGCAAGAAAGGCGGUAAGGAAGGUACCAAGGAAGGUGCCAAGGAAGGUGACAAGGAAGGUGCCAAGGAAGGUGCUAAGGAAGGUGCCAAGGAUGGAAAGCAUUCUCAUAAACAUGACAAGAGAAAUGUCGUUGUUGAAUACGUCCAAGUCACUUCUACCGUUUGGGUAGAUGGUCAAGGUUCUGUCUUACAAGUUGCUACCGAACCAACUGAAGCUCCAGAAGGUGCUCAAACCUCUUACACUAAAGUCAACACCAUUGUCUCUGCUGUUCAAGAUAGCAAUGUCGAUGCUGUGGAAGCUGCUGCUACUACUGACGCUGUUGUUGCUCCAGCCACUUCUGCUGCUCCAGCCACUUCUGUCGCUCCAGCUGCCACUUCUGUAGCUGCUACUUCUGCUGCUGCUUUAACUCCUUCCUCAUCUCCUUCCUCAUCUCCAAACUCCGGUUCUUCUAGUUCAAGUUCUAGUUCUACUUCAGGUUCUUGGAUCAGAUCUUCAUACUUCACUCCAGGUUCCACCGAUAACUGUAUCUUUAUGAAUCAUCAAGGUGGUACUGCUGGUUCAGGUAUUUGGUCUUCUUGUUUCGGUAACUCCAUUUCAUUUGCUGAUUCUAAUGGGUUAGACGGUGCCGCUUCACCACAAGCUUUGGGUGACGUCACUAUCGCCUCAGGUAAAGAAUUCAUGAUCUUUUCUGGUCAACAAUGUUCAGGUAAUGAAUGUGGUUAUUAUAGAGAUGGUAUUCCAGCUUAUCAUGGGUUUGGUGGUGAUUCCAAGAUCUUUGUCUUUGAAUUCUCCAUGCCUACCGAUGCUUCCGGUUCUGAUUCUUUGAACCAAGAUAUGCCUGCUAUUUGGUUAUUGAACGCCAAGAUCCCAAGAACUUUACAAUACGGUUCUUCCUCUUGUUCAUGUUGGGAAACUGGUUGUGGUGAAUUAGAUUUAUUCGAAAUCUUAUCCCCAGGUUCUAAUAAAUUAAUUACUCAUAUUCAUGACGGUCAAGGUUCCGAUGGUACUACUACCGGUGGUGGUGGUUCUCAAGAUUAUUUCCAAAGACCAACUUCUGGUACUUUGAAAGCUGCUGUCAUCUUCAAUGGUGCCGAUGAAACUAUUCAUGUCGUCCAAGUUGAUGAUGAUUUCGAAUCUGCUUUAUCUUCUGAUACAGUUAACGAAUGGUUAUCUAAGGCAGAUUCCACUGCUGUCUUACCAUAA